UGUUUGCCGUGUGUGGUCCACUGCAUUAUUGAUCAAAAAAUUAUCUAGUCGUUUCACCGGUCAUGAAGUAUUCUUAACAGCCUUUGCCAAGAACAAUUUUCAGUUUCCCAACUUCAGAUACUUGAUCAAAAUUAGUCCUUUGGCCGCGAAGAGAGAAAAUGGCUAUGGUUGGAGAGGCUUUGCUCUCCGGUUCGAUCCAGGUGCUGUACGACAAGAUUGCCUCUGGAGAGUUCAUGGACUUCUUCCGGGCAAGAAGACUCAACGAUUCACUCGUCGAGAGACUGAAGGUGACGUUGAUGUCCAUCCAAGCUGUCCUCAACGAUGCAGAGGAGAAGCAGAUCGUCAACCCUGCUGUGGAGAACUGGCUUGACGAGCUCAAACAUGCUGUGUUCGAUGCCGAGGACUUGGUGGAUGAGAUCGAUACUGAAGCUUCGCGUCGCAAGGCGAAAGAUCAGACUAAGAAAACCCAGGUGUUGAACUUCCUUUCUACCUCUUGUAAACCUUUUAAUUAUAAAGGCAUGAAUGGUAGGAUAGAAGAUUUAUUCAACAAGUUGGAACACCUUGCAAAACAAAAAGAUAACCUCGGUCUUAGAGGAGGUGUUGGGGGCAAUGUUUCACAAAGAACUCCAACAACCUCUGUUGUUGAGGACGGAUUUUGUACCUAUGGAAGGGAUGGAGAUAAAGAAAAGUUAAAAGCUCUACUACUGCUAUUUGACAAUGAAAGUAUCAGUAAUUUUUCUGCUGUCCCUAUAGUCGGUAUGGGCGGAGUUGGUAAGACAACUCUUGCUCAACUCCUUUACAACGAUGAACAAGUUAAAGAGCAUUUUGAUACUAAUGCUUGGGUUUGUGUUUCCGAACAGUAUGAGGGUUUGAGGGUUAUUAAAACCCUUAUUGAGGAAAUCACCAAAAAACCUUGUGACAAUUUGGAGAUGAAUUCCCUUGAAGUUCAACUAAGGGAACAACUGAGGGGAAAGAGAUUUUUACUUGUCUUGGAUGACCUUUGGAAUGAAAACUAUGAUGACUGGGAGCGUCUACGAAUUCUUUUCACGUAUGGGGCAAAGGGAAGUAAGGUCAUUGUAACAACAAGGAGUAGACGUGUUGCAUCCAUCGUGCACAAUACUAUUUCUAUUCAUGACUUAGAAAAAUUGUCGGAUGAAGAUUGUUGGUUGUUACUAGCAAAACAUGCAUUUAGAAAUGAGAACCCCGAUGCACAUCCAGACUCGGUUGAAAUUGGUAAGCAAAUUGCACGUAAGUGCAACGGUUUGCCUCUAGCUGCAAAAACGCUAGGGGGUCUCUUAAGUUGCAACCUAGACUACAAGGAAUGGAAUCACAUAUUGAAUAGCAAUCUUUGGGAUCUACAUGCUAAUAGUGUUCUUCCUUCUCUAAGAUUGAGCUACCACUAUCUUCCAACUUACUUGAAACGAUGUUUUGCUUAUUGCUCAAUUUUCCCAAAAGACUAUGAAUUUGAAAAGGAAAAUGUAAUACUACUAUGGAUGGCAGAAGGUUUAAUUCCACAUGCAAAGAACGAGAAAGCAAUCGAGGAGGUUGGUGAAAGAUACUUUGAUGAACUGUUAUCACGAUCACUAUUUCAAAGACCAAGACUGGAUCGACCAAGUUUCACAAUGCAUGAUCUUAUCAAUGACUUGGCUAUGUUUGUGUCUAGAAAGUUUUGUUUUAGGUUGGAUCAGAAAAAUUCGCAUGAAGUUCCUGAAAGAGUUCGCCACUUGUCGUAUAUGAGUGAAGAAUUUGAUAUAUCUUCAAAAUUUGAGCCGUUAAAAGGAGUUAAGUGUUUGCGUAUCUUCUUUCCAGUGUCUUUAGCACCAUUUGGUAGCGAGUAUCCUGGAUAUGUAAGCAAUAAGGUUUUAGAUGAUUUACUACCAGCACAAAAAUAUUUACGGGCAUUUUCAUUGUCAAGAUACAAAAACAUCACUCACUUACCUGAUUCCAUUGGUAACCACAUACAUUUGCGCUACAUUGAUCUCUCUUAUACGACAAUUAAAAGGUUACCAGAUACAAUGUGUACCCUCUACAAUUUACAAACUCUGUUGUUGAAAGGUUGUUCUUCUCUUGUUGAAUUGCCUGCAGACAUGAGGAAAUUGAUUCAUUUGCGUCAUCUUGAUAUUGGUGGGACUUGCAUAAAAAAGAUGCCUGUGCAUAUGGGUAGAUUAAAAAGUUUGAGAACACUGACAGCUUUUGUGUUGGGGAAAUCUACUGGGUCAAGCAUUGCAGAACUGAGGGAGUUGUCGCACCUUGGAGGAAAAAUUUCUAUCUUGAAUCUGCAAAAUGUAGUCGGUGCUAUUGAUGCCUCGCUGAAGGAUAAGAAAGAUCUCAGUGAGGUAGUGUUGUCAUGGGGUCCUGAAGUUUCCGAUGAAUCCGUAAAAGAGAGACAUGUACUCGAAAGACUACAACCCUCGGUAAAUUUGGUGAAGCUAACCAUCAGGUGUUAUGGCGGAAUCAGUUUCCCGAAUUGGGUGGGAGACUCGUCCUUCUCCAACUUACAAGUGCUAUCUCUCAGUGAUUGUAGUAAUUGUAGUUCAUUGCCACCAGUUGGUCAGCUACCUGCUCUGAAAGAGCUCUGCGUAGAAAGGAUGAAAGUUGUUACGAGUGUUGGUGUUGAGUUGUAUGGAGGAAAUCAACCAUUUCAAUGUUUAGAGAAGCUAGAGUUUAGCGAGAUGCCAGAGUGGGAGGAAUGGCAGCCUAGUCCAAGUGGAGGUGAAAGUCCAGACUUUCCUCGUCUUAAGGAGCUGAGGUUAAGUUGGUGUCCGAAGCUGAGAGGAAACUUGCCCACUCAUCUUCCUUCCUUGAAAACACUUGAUGUGUCCAAGUGUGAGGUUCUAUAUGAAAACAGGGACAGCAAUACCCUGAACGCGGAAUCCUUACGAGGAUCUCUUGAAAAACUGGCAAUAAAUGAAUGCCCGGGUCUCUCAUUGUUACUAGAGUCGACGGAGAUGCUGCCGUCGCUUCUGAAGCUUGGUAUUGAUAGUGUUGGUGAGAAAGAGUGGUUGCCGCAAAUGGUGCACAACAGCAAUCGUCUUCAACAUUUGAGUCUUUCUAAAUGUUCCUCACUCUUGUCGUUCCCUACAAAUGGUCUGCCCACCACGCUGACGUCACUCCGCAUAUUCGGUUGCAAGAAAUUAGAAUUCCUAUCACGAGAGAUGAUGGCCAAAUUGACUUCCCUUCAGUCUUUGGAUCUAAUAAUGAGCUGUGAUUCUCUGAGGUCGUUCCCUUUGGGCAUUUUCCCCAACCUUUCAUCUCUUUUUCUAUUUAAUUGUGAGAAUCUGGAAUCCCUUUCCGUUGAAGGAGGAGCAGAUGAAAAUCUCAGCCAUCUCAACUCCCUGUAUAUUUUCCAAUGUCCAAAUCUUGUCUCUUUUCCCGACGGGGGAUUGCCCACUCCCAACCUCACUUCCUUUGAAGUCAGAUACUGCAAGAAUUUGAAGUUGUUGCCGGAUCGCAUGCACACCCUCACCGCCCUUCAAGAAUUGUCGAUAUAUCGUCUUCCAAAUGUGGUGUCAUUUGCACAAGGGGGUUUGCCUCCCAACCUGCAAUCAUUAUCUAUCGAUAACUGUGAGAGACUGAGGCCUUCAGUGGAGUGGAGAUUGCAAGGACUUGCCUCUCUUCAACGAUUUUUGAUCAUCGAAGGAAGCAAGGAUCUGGUGGAGGCGUUGCUUAAUGAACAGCUGCUCCCUGCCACUCUCCACACUCUCUGGAUCUCUGGUGUAUCGAAUCUGAAAUCUUUGGACGGAAAGGGACUUGAGCACCUCACUUCUCUUCAACACCUACACAUUGAAAGGUGCGAGAGUCUCAAAAUCCUGCCAAAAGAGGGUUUGCCGGCAUCUCUUUCUUCUCUGACGAUCACGGAUUGCCCUUCUCUGAAGAAGAGGUAUCGGAACAAGAAGGGAAAAGAUUGGAGAAACAUAGCUCGCAUUCCUUGCAUACACAUAGAUAGAGAAGUUAACAUCUUGUGAGCUUUUAUUUCACUCUCUCCAACUCUCAACUCUAAAGACAAAAGCCAGAUAUAUCGGUUUCAUUGAUGCAGCGAGCAAGCAAACCUGUAAAGAUAGGAUUAUCAAAUGGUUCUCUGAUUUUCUAGACUGUCAAUUUUGAAAUAUUUUGGGUGGAAAUGGACUUUCAACGCCCCCACACUCGCAAUUCCUUCCAGGACAGGGACCUCUAGACCUCAGCUCUCUUGAAUAGCUAUAUAAAGAUUGAAUGUAUGUGGGACUUCGUCGGUCCAGAAAGAAAACUAUUGAACUGUAAAGAUAGGAUUAUCAGAGGGAAAACGAUGUUAGCUUACUUCAACCACUCAGGUGCAUAUACAUAUGUUUCUCUACAAACACAAUGGUUGGAGAGAGCUUGGCUUAUUGGCACUGCUUGCUAGAUGUCCUUGCGACUAGACUUGGUGGCUAGGCGCUGCUGCGCCUACAGAUUUCAGUAUGGCAACUCUGGAAUUGUAAAGAUAGGAUCAUCUACAGCCAAUGAUUUAAACAUGCAUCGAUUGGUUGUCCUUGAAUGGUGCUAGCUGCAGUUAUCUGGCAUGUAUAUAAUUCUCCUUUAAUCGGUGCAGAUAUGCUGUUUAUAGUUUGAGUAUAAGAGACAUGCCCUUUCAUCUUCUCUUGAUGUCACUCUCAUCUUCGAAUGGGUGCAGUAUGCUUUUGUACAAACAAAGUGGAUGAACAGCGCGCUUGUUCCUUGUAGGAGUGUCUUCAUGCUUGCGUUUGUUGGUAUUCCAGCAAAUGAUAUUACUUGAAUAAGUGGUUGGCUGGUGUGCUACGGAUUUCACUGGAAUAAUAAUUCUUAUGUUGAGCACUGCGGAUGAGUGGAGUAUCUUGUUAAGCUGAGGUAUGAAAAAGGAAAGCAGUUGAGUUGGCAUCCGAUUGAAAUGGAUUUGAGAGAAAACAUGCUUUUCACAUUUCGAUUUAUAACGAAACAGUAGAAAGCGUGUGAAGGAGCCAAUUAAUUUUGGAUCGAAGGAAACAAGGAUCUGCUGGAGACGUUGCUCAAUGAACAUCUGUUCCCUGCCACUCUUCACACUCUCUGGAUCUCUUAUGGAAUCUGAAAUCUUUGGACGGAAAGGGACUUAAGCACCUCAUUUCCUCAACAGCUAGAAAUUGUAGGGUGCAAGAGUCUUGAAUUCCUGCCAAAAGAGGGUUUUCUGGCCUCUCUAUCAUAUAUGAGCAUUGAGAAUUGUCCUUCUUUGAAGAAGAGGUGUGAGCAGGGAAAAGAUAGGAGAAAUAUAGCUCGAAUUCCUUGCAUAAAGAUGGAUGGAGAAGUCAUCAUCAUAUGAGCCUUCAUUUCACUCUCUCUCUCCAACUCUCUACUCUCUACUCUCAACUCUCAAGACAAAAGCCAGGUAGGUAUGUUUCUAUCUAAUAACAGUUGAAGAGUGCCUCAUGGCUGUGCUUGCAUGAAUGCCAGUACAUACGUUGCGUUACUAGAUUGUAUUUAUAUUAAGGAGGAUUUCACUGGUGGAACAUUGCAGAUCAGCUCUAAAUUUUCAAUUCAACCAUAUCCUAGGUCAGGACAAUUUGAUGGUACUAGCAGGUAUAUCGGUUUCAUUGAUGCAGCGAGCAAACAGAGUAAAGCUGUAAAGAUAGGAUUAUCAAAUGGUGCUCUGGUUUUCUGGACUGUCAAGUUUGAAGUCUUUGGACAGAAAUGGACUUUGACCGGGGACCUGCAGACCUCAUCUCUUGUCAACAACUAUAUAAAGAUUGAAUGUAUGUGGGACUUCAUCGGCCCAGAGAGAAAACUAUUGAACUGUACAGAUAGGAUUAUCAGAGGGCAAACGAUGUUAGCUUACAUCAACCACUCAGUUUCAGGACAGUAUCAUCAUAUAUAAUAACAACCGGUUUUCGCUUACAUAUCAAUUACUAGUUGUUGAUUGGUGCGACGGCGAUCUCUCGCAUAUAGGAUUCCCCCUGCAUGGGAUGAAAGUAGCUCCUUGAUGAUGUUUUUUUUCCCUCAUAUGCACUGCUGUGGUUUCCAUAUGGCGGAAUGCUUACUCAUCUUUCAAUGCCUCUAUUAUCUUGAGGUAGGUGUAUACACAUGUUUCUCUACAAACACAAUGGUUGAAGAGAUCAUGGCCUUUUGGCACCGCUUUUUAGAAUGCCAGUGUUACUCGACUCAGUGGCUGGCUGCUGCCGCGCCUACAGAUUUCAGUGUAAGCAGUUGAACAUUUGAGUGUAACUUAUUCUUCCUUUCUGUAAAAGUGUUACUCGAUCCACUUUAGGAAUUUGUUAUUGGCAAAAGAAAGUCAUCAUGCACUCAAUCCAUCAUUAAUAACUUCGUUACAAGAAUGCACAAUAAUUGUUUUAGACUGCCAAUAACAGUUCUUCUGCGUUAUCAAA